AUGUCAGCCGCCGCUCCCUCUACUGAUCCGGUCCAGAACGCAUCUUCAGGGAAGAAGAAGAGCGGCAAGAAGAAGAAGAAUGCGAACAAGUCCAAGGACCCGAUAGAGACUGACAGUGGCUCUCUGCAGCACGACGCUGCUGAGGAUGGCGAUGAUGAACCGGAGACCCCGGUGCAGGAUUCCGCACCCAGAGAAAAGUCCAGCCCCGAACACGCGGUAGAGGAGGACGCAACGACCAAUGGCCAUAUCGAGAAGCCAACAAGCAACGGACAUGCGAACCCACCGAUAGAGCAGCCGACAGAAGACCAGGGCGCCAAUUCCGAUGCCACUGCGAAAUUAGACGCCCUCACGAAAGAACGCGAGGCACUGCGCACAGAGGUUGAGCAAUUGAGGAAGCAGUUGGAGAAUAUCCAGGAGACACACAGCGAAACCGUCACGAAUCUCAAGUCGGAGCUGGAGGAGACCUCGUCGGCAAAAGAACAAGCAGAGGAACAGUACCAGUCCCUAUUGGAGCGUGUUAACCACCUCAAGUCGACCCUCGGCGAACGUCUCAAGCGCGACCGUGCCGAACUCGAAGAAGCCAAGGAGCGUAUCGAGGAGCUCGAGGCCCAGAAUGAGGAACUCCAGAAUGGCACAAAAGCGACCGAGGAUGAGUUGGCCAAACUGAAGGAGGAGCUGCAAGAUACUUCGCGCGAGGCGACAAGCCUGCGCAGUCGCAGCAAUUUGUCUCAACAGAAUUGGGUCAAGGAGAGGGAAGAGCUGAUGAGGCUUGUCGCCAACCUCAAGGAAGAGGUGGAGACGACAACAAACGCCAUGGGCGAGUGGGAGGUUAUCGCUAUGGAAGAGCGCUCCGUGAAGGAGAGCCUCGUCGAGAAGGUAUCGGAACUGGAGGAGCAGAUCCACUCUCUACGAGAGGGCUAUGAGAGUGCUGCAUCUGAGCGGGAUCAGCAAUCGCAGGUUAUCGACAACUUGCAAAAGGCACUCCGCGAGAUUCAGGAGGCGCGAAAGAGGGAGCUGCGGGAGAUGGUUGAGACGUCCGAGGAGCAGCUUCAGGCCUUGAAGAAACUCGUACAGGAGGCCGAUACCAGGGCCACAGAGGCCGAGGAGGCCAAGGAGAAGCUCACCAAGGAGCUCGAACGGACAGCGCCGUUCGAAAAGGAGGUGAAAGAGAAGAACCUCCUCAUUGGCAAGCUACGACAUGAGGCCAUUGUGCUCAAUGACCAUCUCACCAAGGCCCUUCGCUACCUCAAGAAGACGAAGCCAGAAGACAACGUCGACAGACAAGUAGUCACAAAUCAUCUCCUCCAUUUCCUCACCUUGGACCGCUCCGACCCCAAGCGCUUCCAGAUCCUGCAGGUCAUGGCUGGCUACCUGAAUUGGACGGAAGAGCAGCGCGAGCAAGCAGGCCUCGCGCGUCCGGGAGGUUCAACCAACAGUCUGCGCCUCCCAGCCUCACCCUUCCAUCGCACACCUAGCACCCCGUCGCUCAGUACAGAGUUUUUCUCGGAGACGCCCUCGUCCGCCAACAAGGAGUCGCUUGCAGAUCUAUGGGCUGGCUUCCUCGAGCGCAGCGCCGAAGAGGGUCUCGAGCAAUCCGGUACACAGCACGACCGCAAGGACAGCGCGAGCAGCGCGGCGACGAGGCCGGAUACCCGUGGCGGUACGUAG